UUGGAUUCACAAUUGUUUUAAGUGAACGGACAAAGAGAUUUAUAACUUAUUUGACAGUUACAUAUCAUCAUUAUAUUUUUAAAUAAUCACAUACACAUAAAUAAUAAACAUGUCACAUCGACGUGAAGCAGGUGCUGUUCCACCAUGGGUUAUUCCAGAAGAACAUGCACGUUGUUCACCUAGAAAUAAAAUAAAUCAACAAUCCACAGUGGAAAAGUCUCCGUUGAAUCAAGUGGAAAAUGUUAAUAAUAUUAAUAAUAAUAAUUCAAAUUGUAAAGUUAAUAUGGCAGCCGGAGACUCUAAUUCACAACAAACACCUAAAGCAAAAAAAGAACAAGUUUAUAUUAUGGGUGGACAGUUGGUGAAUAGUGAUCAUAUACAAUAUGCUGACAUACUGAUUGAAGAUGGUAAAGUUGUUUCAACAGGUAAAAAUAUUCAAGUUGGAUCAGAUGCAUUAACUAUCGACGCCAGUGGUAUGUUAAUUAUGCCUGGGGGAAUUGAUAUGGCAACCUAUCUGGUGCAAGAUGUUCAUUCAUUGGAUAAAGAAGCUUAUUUAAAUGUUACAAAAGAAGCCUUAAUCGGAGGAACAACAACAAUUGUUGAUACAAUUUUAUGCCCAAAAGGUUCAUCAGCUAUUGAACUUUUAACAAAGUAUAAAAGUACAAUGAAAGAUACAAAAUUGUGGUGUGAUAUUAUCAUACGAAUUGGUUUCUUAGAAAUUCAUGAAAGUCAAUUAAACGAAAUAGAUGAUUUAACUAGAAUUCAUGGAAUUAAUUCCUUUUUGUUUAUUAUUGAUCCAGUUGAAAUGAAUAAAACAAACAAAGAUUCUGUGUUAAUUACAAAUUUGUUAGCAGCCCUAGAAAAGUGUAAAGAAUCCGGUUCAAUUGUAUUCAUUAAAUCCUAUUUGAAAACCUCAAAUUUGGAUAAUAAAGAUGAUCUGGAAUUAAAAUCAAUUGAAAAAAUCAUCUUCCUUGCUAAUACAGCCAAUUGUCCUGUUGUCAUUUCCUCGCCAAAUGGAUUGAAAACAAUAGAAGAAGUUAGUGAGGCAAGACGUCGGAUACCACCAGCACAUAUGACAGUCUGCUGUACGCCUAAUGCAUUACAACCGACAACGACAAAGGGACAGCAGUAUGCAAACAGAUUUCUAUCCCGAUUAACCAAUGGUGAUAUUACAUUGAUUUCAAGUGAUCAUUAUGGUGUCAAUUCAAGUGAUACAAUUGGAAAACGAUUAACAACAAUCUGGGAAGUUGGUGUGCCAUCUGGAUGGUUGGAUGCUACAUCUUUUGUCAAUAUUAUCUCCGCAAAUGCAGCACGUUAUCUUGGCUUAUAUCCAAGCAAAGGUUGUCUCUCUCCUGGAUCAGAUGCUGAUUUAAUACUAUGGCCAUCUGAUAGUAUAACCCGCUGUGGUGUUGGAAAACCCACACUGGUUAUACAUCAUGGUAAAUUAAUUGUACACGAGGGUAAAUUGAUUGACGCUAAUAACACUACCAGUAAUAAUACUCUUCUGAAGAUUACACCAAUCAAUAAACUCAGUGAAUUCCAAUCAAAUCAACCGUGUGGCUUAUUGAAGACAGGGAAAACAUUUCCACCAACUAUCUAUGGUUUGGUGAAAGCAUCUGAAAGAUUGCGUAAAAGAAAUCAAAUGCCAAUAGAUCGUGAACCUUGGACAAUGAACAACUUAAAUGAAGCGCUAUUGAAUUCACAACAAUCUUCAAAUACACUAAAUAAUGGUACAAAUAAUAAUGCAAUUGUAACGCCUAAUUCAAACGAUGAACAGAAAAUCACAGAUAAAGUACAAAAUUCAACGUCAUCACUGAAUGUACGCACAAUCCAUGGGCAUAGAGAUUUACACGCAUCUGGAUUCUCAUUAAGUGGUGCUCAAGUUGACGAUGAUCAACCACUACGAACAGGGAUACGUACACGACAGACAAGUGAAUCAAGAAAUCCAUUAUGGUAGACUAAUAAUAUUUCCUGAUUUUUAUUGACUAAUUUGAUCGAUCGAUCGAUUGAUUGACUGAUAUAUUGAUUGAGUGAUACCAUAGACAGAUAGAUAACAUUUUUAUUCAUCUCUUACAUUCACUUUCAUAUACACCUCUAUCUACCUUCUUAUUCUUCACUACUCACUCACUUACUAACACCCACUGCUCGUCCACUUCAUCCACCUCGUCUAUUCAUCAUUCUUCUUAUAUAAAUCAUCACAUCAACAUGAAAUAAUCACACGUCUUGAUUAUAUAUGUAUACGUAUAUAUAUGUAUUGAGAUAAACACGACAUAUACAGCAGAAACUUGCAAGCAUAUAUAUAUGGAAAGAUUAUAUAUAUAUAUAUAUAUAUAUAACAUUAUUACUCACGAUAAUAAUAAUAAUAACGAAUUGAAUAUAUUCACACAAAGUGCAUUCACCUCUGUUUUACAUGUGUUACCAAGCGGGAAAAUAAGUAGUAUCGUAUGUAUAUAUAUAUGUUUAGACAAAUAUAGUUUAGAAAAUGUCCGUAAUCACGAUUAUGCAUUGAAAACACCAAUAACAAAAGACUUUUUAAAAAAAAUGCACAAUAAUCCACCUGUUUUACCUGAUU